AUUUCCCAAAUUUUCUUUGAACGCGUUUCCCCUCGAACCAACCGUUCACUAGCCUCCUCCCGCUUCAUCAUCAUCCCGGUACAAAGAUAAUGGCAGAAGUAGCAUCCAAGCCUCCGGCCAAGAGCUCCGGAUUUACCGACAAGGAAAAGCCCAUGGAAGUUCGUAUGAGCAACAUCGUCGCAGCCAAAGCUGUUGGUGAUGCUAUCAGAACUUCAUUGGGACCCAGAGGCAUGGACAAAAUGAUCCAAACCGGCAACGGUGAAGUUGUUAUCACCAACGACGGUGCUACUAUCUUGAAACAUAUGGCUGUACUUCAUCCUUCGGCCAAGAUGUUGGUCGAUCUGUCAGCUGCACAGGAUGUGGAAGCUGGUGAUGGUACCACUUCUGUUGUUGUGUUAUGUAGUUCGCUCCUUUCUGCUGCUCAGAAGCUUUUGCACAAAGGUAUUCAUCCUACAACUAUUGCCGAGUCUUUCCAGCGCGCAGCCGCCAAAUCCGUAGAGUACCUUACCGAAAUGUCAACCCCAUUGGACCUUGCCGACCGCGAAUCCUUGUUACAAGCGGCCUCUACUUCCCUUAACUCCAAGAUUGUUUCACAAUAUUCCACACUUCUUGCCCCCAUUGCCGUCGAUGCAGUCAUUCGAGUGAUUGAUCCCAAUGUGGCCGAUAACGUUAACUUGAACGAUGUCCGCAUAGUAAAGAAGGUUGGCGGUACUAUUGAUGAUACCGAAAUGGUGGAUGGUUUGGUCUUGAACCAAACCGUGGUGAAAUCUGCCGGUGGCCCUAUUCGUAUGGAAAAGGCCAAAAUUGGUCUCAUUCAAUUCCAGUUAUCUCCCCCCAAGCCUGAUAUGGAAAAUCAAAUCGUGGUGAAUGACUACCGACAAAUGGAUAAAAUCCUCAAAGAAGAGCGUCAAUAUCUGUUAAAUAUGUGCAAAAAGAUCAAGAAGAGCGGCUGUAAUGUAUUGCUUAUCCAAAAGUCGAUCCUCCGUGAUGCUGUGAAUGAGUUAUCACUUCAUUUCCUUGCCAAACUCAAGAUCAUGGUCGUCAAGGAUGUUGAGCGUGACGAAAUUGAAUUUAUCGCCAAGUCACUUGGUUGCAAGCCUGUCGCUGACGUUGAAUCUUUCACCGAUGAUAAACUGGGUUAUGCCGACCUCAUUGAAGAAGUCGAUUCCGCAGGUUCCAAGAUUGUCAAAGUUACAGGCAUGAGACACGCUGGAAAGACCGUGUCUGUGGUUUGCCGAGGCGCCAACUCCUUGGUGUUGGAGGAAUCUCACCGAUCACUUCACGAUGCUCUUUGUGUCGUACGAUGUCUUGUGAAGAAGAAAGCUUUGAUUGCCGGUGGUGGUGCUCCUGAAAUUGAAGUAUCCCAGCGAUUGAUGGACCAUGCAAAGACUUUGAAGGGUAUGGAGCAGUACUGUUUCCAAGCGUUUGCCGAAGCGCUUGAAGUUAUUCCUACCACUCUCGCCGAAAAUGCGGGCUUGAACCCAAUCUCCAUUGUUACCGAACUGAGAAACAAGCAUGCUCUUGGUGAGAAGACUGCCGGUAUCAACGUGAAGAAGGGUACCAUUACCAAUAUCUUGGAAGAAAACGUCAUCCAACCUCUGUUGGUCAGCACAAGUGCCAUUGAAUUAGCCGCUGAAACCGUCAAGAUGAUUUUGAAGAUUGAUGAUUUGGUUCAGAGCCGAUAAAUCAAAUCAUCCAACAAAUAAAAAAUAUAACACUGUCUGCAUUGUUUUUUUUUGUAUUUUUAUUUUGUGAAUCUAUUUUGUUUGUGG